AAGAUGGAGACUGAAGAGAGGAAACGACGCCUGAUGAAAACUGACAUCACAGUCCAUGUGGCAGGAGGCGGAGUCAUGCACACUGUCAGAGGAGUCCUGAGCAGGUUAGCUGGACGGUCCCGCCUCUGCAGCUGGAGGAAGGUUAAAGGUCACCUGCUGGAGGGGGAGUGGAGCCUUGCAGGGUUCGUCUGUGGGCUGGUUUUGGGGUCUGUGUUCGGAGCCACGGCUUUGUUUCUGCAGAAGCAGCCUCUGUGGUUCUGUGUCUAUACCAUGGUGGCAGUUGCCUUCACAGCAGCGUUCGGUAUGGGUCUGUCAGCUGGAGUCCGGGCCAACAUCAUGGUGAUGCUGCCUUCUCUCUGCUCAGCUCGCGGGAGGCACUUCCUCCUCUUCCUGUUUGUGUCUGUGCUGUUGUCUGGUCCGAUUGCCAACAUUUUUGAAAACACAGAGCGAGCUGCUGCCAGUCUGAUGUGUGGAGCCGAGCUGGCAGCCAAUCAGACGCAAGAACUGAUGCAGAGAGCAACCACGCCCCUUUCCUCUGCGUUGGACAAAAUCAGAGAAAUCAGCACCAACGCAUAUUCAGUCACAGAAAGAGUCACCAAUUUCAUCCACGCUCUGACUGACGGCGUCCAACACAUUGCUCGCACUCUGAGGAAUGUCCUCCAUUUCCUGACGGACAUCGGGGACGUCUGUAACGCCAAGCUGGGCACUCCGUACAGGAAGUGCCGGGCAGUGUUCACUGAGGCUCGGGUCGAAUGCUCCCACCUGCUGGGGGACUUCAGCGCCCUGUGUGACAUUGUGGAGGGCUUCAUGCCGCUCUGCAACAUCGCCCGUGCCGGCGAGUUCUUCUGCAUCAUCCCCUCGUACAUCGCCAACCAUCUGAAAAAACGUCUUGCAGCUCCCAUAGUUGCAGCAUUUGAGAAAAUGAAGCAGGAGUUUGAAUUCAACAUCUCGGCCUCUGUGACCUUUGACCUGGACAACAACAGCAGUAAGAGUCUGCAGCAGAUGUCUCAGGACAUCAUGGACGAGGUUUCCUCGGACCUGCAGGUGUUUCAGAAACUCGGCGGGCCAUUAAAAUACGGUGGCCUCUUCCUGCUCGCCAUCUCGUUCCUGAGGGCAGUGCAGUACAGACGUAGAUAUCUCCGGGAGCUCAACUUUGACAACAUCUACAUCAGUUCUCAGUUUGAGGAGUUUGACCAACAGGUGACUUCAGGGGGCGGAGUGUCGGUCCUGCCAAUCACACGCAGAGAGGCCAAGACCUACAUCACACCAUUGUCGUGGCACCUGUCCAGCGGAGAGUGGCGGGUGGUGUUGGUGGGCGUGGUCUCAGUCAUCAAGUAUCUCCUUGUGGGGAGCCUGCUGGUGGCUCUGGACUUUCUGGUGUUCUGGAUUCUGGAUCAGGUAGGCCACCAGCUGACGGGGGAUGUGGUGGCCCGAGCCCCAGUCACCGUGACAGUGCAGGUGAAUGGGUCAGGGUUUGCCUCAGACAUCUUCAGAGACCUGGUGGCUUCGUUUAACAUCCUGCAAGGAGGAAACGUCACUGUGAUCAGCAGAAAGUGUCUACUGGAGCCGUCAGAGCCAAACUACAACACAUGUGUCACUCUGGGGUUCCUGCUGGGCCUGACUCUGCUCGUCUCUCUGAUUGGAGGCUUUGUCCAACGCUGCCGACGACUCAUCUGUGCUUCAUAUCAUCCAGGGAGAGAGCAGGAGAGGGCACAGUUCCUCCAUCAGCAGAUCUUUAGUCAGAGGACGGCGGAGGGGGAAGCUCUUAGGAAGUCUGCAGUCCGAAACCUGGCAGAGGAGGAAGGAGGAGGUGAAGGUGGAAGAGGGAGUCGACUACGAACCUUCCUGCUCAGGUUACCUGGGGGAGCUCACCUUCUGGGUCUAUCGUCACCCGUCACAUGUCUGGCCUGUGGAGAGGUGGUGAAGUCAGAGGACAACAAUAUGGUCGUCUGUCACUUCGCACAUUGUGCAGGCGUAUACUGUCGGCCAUGUUUCCACAGUUUAAGAAACAUGUGUGUUGUCUGCAUGCGACCUCUGACCUUCCAGGACGACAGCGAGGAGGAGCUAGACUCCAGUGAUGACGAACAACGGAGUCUGUGUUCAGCAGCUCUGAACUCACGUCACGUCACCGACACAUGGAUGACGAGGAGGGUCGCCGCAGCAACACGACGAGGACGGACUGAGCGUUCAGAGGGUGGAGACAGAGCGAAGGACGACGGAGGACACAAAGUUAACUCUGACUCUGAGCUCAGUGAAGCAGACAUGACCUACCAGUACCAAACUGGGUCAGAUGAGUCCGACAGCGACGACGCCUGCUUCCAAUCCACCCCCACAACAAUCAGCACAUGCCAGGAUGAGGCCAUUGUCACGGUCCUCAGUGACUGAGGACCGUGACAAGGAGUUUGACAGGAGUUUGUGGAUUUAUCAGCUGAAUCUGAAGCUGUUAACAUCUGUUAAACAUCUGUAAACACCUGUAACCACUUACACACAUCUGCAGACCGUAACGGAGCAUUUAAUAGCUACAGAUGUGGUGGAGACCCACAAAUACACACAUAUACACACAGACACAAACACAUCAGUACUUCCUGUAGUUACAGUAUCACAGUGACAUCGUUGAUCCUCAUUGAUCAUCUUUAUAUUGACUCAGAUAGUUGAGUCCAUUUGUUCUCAACAUGUCGGGUUAGGUCCUCACAUCUUCUACCAUCACUGACAGUUACUCCUCAGUUCAUCUGCUCCUUCAUCUCCAUCAGACAUUAUGUAUAAACACUUUAAACAUGAAGUUACA